GUGGGAACCAGAGACUGUAUUUGAGUUAACAAAGGGGUUUUUCCAUUUGAAAAAAGGAGGAACAAGUUAUUUGAAUAUGAGCAAAUCUACAGCUUGACAUUUUCAGAGAACUUAGUCAGGUAUAGCCUUGCCGUGGUUUCUUCUUAGAGAUUGGAACUGUAAGAAGACGAUAUUGAACAUCAGAAAGUGCACAGAGGCAGGGCUGAAAUACACUUCCAAGUGUGGCCAUAUUUUCAGCACCCAAGUGAUGAGGUGAUACUAAGUUCUUCCACUUCCCUUUUUUAAUUUUUGCAGAUCUUGUCUGUGUAGCACCCUCCACCUUCCUUCUUUGACAGAGAUAAGCCUGACUUGGUGAGACAAGCAUGUCCUGCCCUGAGCUGUUUAGGAUUCUCAUGCAUCUGUGGCUGCUCCUACUGCUCCUGGCUCCUGGAAGAGAACAAACACGUUCACCUUUAACUGCAGUGGGAAUGAAUGGAACAGGAGUGAUUCAGAAUCCACCCACGUGCGGAGGCCCUCACAGUGUUUGUCCAAUGACAAAUCAAAGACAAAUGGUCUUCUGAGUUUUUUCUGAGCCGUACCAAGAACCCAAGACCUAUUGUACUCACUUGCCCAUGUCCAGGGUAAGCCAUGGAAAAGGCAGAGCAGAUUCUGUCCCAGGAGUACCUCCAAAGGCUGUACUUGAGCUUGAUCCUCCAUGGUCCACAGCAUUCAAAGGAGAAAUAGUGACUGUCAGAUGCAUGGAUUUCAAUUCCUUAACCAAGAGGCCCACAACUUGGUGGCAAAAUGGGAAAGUACUUAAGAAAGUAUCUGAAAUUAUCCAAAUUAAAUCAUCUGGGGAUUACCAGUGCAAGACUCCUGGAUCCUCUUUGAGUGACCCUGUGCAUGUGGAAUUUUCCUCUGGCUGGCUGAUCCUCCAGGCCAAACACCCUAUUUAUGAAGGAGAUAGUGUAACUCUGAAAUGCCUAGGGAAAAAGGAAAAGAGCAUAAUUCAAAGGGAUUACUACAAAGAUGAAGAAAAAAUAUUUGGUGGUUCUAAUCUUCAACAAAUCAUUAUAAAUUCAGUCUUCAUGGACCCUGGUGAAUAUAAAUGUACUGCUUCUGGGAAAUUAAUAAUACCAUGGACAGAAACUUCAAACUCUUUGAGGAUUCAAUUUCAAGAACUGUUUCCACAUCCUGUGCUGACUGCUAGGCCCUCCCAGCCCAUAGAGGGUGGCCCAGUGACGCUGACCUGUGAGACCCAGCUCUCUCCAUGGAAGCCAGAUGUUCAGCUCCAGUUCUGCUUUUUCAGAGAUGUCCAGACUCUUGGGUCAGGCUGUAGCAGCUCCCCAAAGCUCCAGAUCCCCAUUAUGUGGAAUGAAGACUCAGGGUCCUACUGGUGCCAGGCAGCGACUACUAGGAUCACAAAAAAGAGCCAGAGGUCUCAGAUACACGUGCAGAGGAUCCCUGUGUCUCAUGUGAAUUUAGAGAUCCAGCCCCUAGAGGGGCAGCUGAUUGAAGGACACAAACUGGUCCUUAUCUGCUCAGUAGCAAAGGGCACAGGCAAUAUUACCUUCUCGUGGCACAGAGAUGGAAGGGGAAUUCUGGGCAUAAAGACCCAGCAUUCCCAGUUGGCAGAGCUACAGCUGCCCACAGUGACGGAACGUGAUGCCGGAAGAUAUUACUGUACUGCUGACAACAAUAAUGGCCCCAUCCUCAGCAAGAAGAUUAGCGUCACUGUGAAAAUUCCGAUUUCUAACCCGGUCCUCACGAUCAGGGCUCCCAGGGCCCUGGCUGUGGUAGGAGACUUGGUGUGGCUUUACUGUGAGGUCCAGAGAGGCUCUCCCCCAAUCUUGUACCAGUUUUAUCAUGAGAAUGUCACUGUGGGGAGUGGCUCAGCCCCCUCUGGAGGAGGAGCAUUUUUCAACUUCUCUUUGACUGUGGAACACUCCGGAAAAUAUUCAUGUGAGGCUGACAAUGGCCUGGGUUCCCAGCACAGCCACCCGGUGAGCCUGAAGGUCACAGUUCCAGUAUCCUGCCCAGUCUUUACCUUCAGGUCCUCUCAAGGCCAGGCCGUGAUUGGGGACACAGUGGAGCUUCACUGUGAGUCCCUGAGAGGCUCUCCCCCGAUCCUGUACCGGUUUUACCGUGAAAAUGUCACUCUGGGGAACAGUUCAGCUCCCUGGGGAGGAGGAGCAUCCUUCAACCUCUUGGUGAACACAGAACAUGCUGGAAACUACUCCUGUGAGGCUGACAAUGGGCUGGGAGCCCAGCGCAGUGAGGUGGUGACAUUCAGUGUCAUAGGAAUUUCCAGGAGCAGAGUUGGUGCUGCCACAGCUGGAGUCACUGGGUUGUUACUUGGCCUUGUGAUUACUGCUGUUUUGUUGUAUUGCUUCGGGACCCGGAGGAAAUCAGGAGGAACUUCUGCCAUGGGGAUGCCUAGUUAUAAUCCGUGUGUGCAUCAGGAACCUUCCUCAUCCAGACCCCCCCCAAGCAACCCUGAGGAGCCCAUCUGCUCUGAGCCACUGGCCGUCCUGGACCUGCAGCCAGUGUACAGCAAUGUAAAUCCUGAAAAUACCAACUUGAUUUAUUCCCAGAUCCAGAAUAUCCAGCAUACAAAUGGAAACCUAGCAAAUUCACCAAGGGUGCAUCGGGAAGAUACGGGACCUGUAGUCAUUUAUUCAGAGUUGAAGAAGUCACAUGGAAAUGAUUUUGCAAAGCAUACUAGCAAGAGAGAGAGUAUCCAUGAAGAUGCUACAGGAAAUUAUGAAAAUGUCUGAGGCACCUGCAGCCUCAGCCUCUUAGCUCCUUCUCCAGAGUGGUCCAUAGAGACUGUGGAAGCAGUUGUGCUCUUCUCCCCUUCCGUUAUCACAUACCAGCCUUCUCAUCCAGAUUCUGCUUCCAAGGACAGUGCAAUACUAUGGAUGCGAGAUUGUGCCAAAAGUCUGCCUACUCUCCCGUGUCUGGGGCUGUAUAUACUAUAUGAACAGAAUAUGCAGCAUCUAAGCAAGUACUGCAUUCUUGCUACAAGAAUGGGUUCUAUUCCAGGGUCAUGAAGUACAGAAGCUGGUCUAGCCUUGGUUACAAGGGCUUUGCCUGUGCAAUUACAAAGAUUACACAAAUAAUUCUAGGUAUCAUCAUUGCCAUUUUAUAAAAGAGACAGAGGCCUAUAGGGUGGCCUUAUCCAAGGUAAUAAGCAAAUAAAGGCAGGAUUCAAACCUAGAUUUGAUCAGUUCUGAUCUAUGCUCUCAACUGUCUCAGUACUCUGCUUUUUCUCUAAAGGAUGAUACUAGAAUUCAAAAGAACCAAACAAUACUAUGGAAAGGAAAUUAUAUGCAGUUUACUAACCAGCUGACUUAAGCAUGUAUAACUGAUAUUUAAGAUGGUCUGUAAUGAGCUUCUAAUUCAUCUCACUAAACAGUGUUAAGGUUCUCUUCUUUCAUUGUCUUGGUUUUGCUUCGUUGAUCUUUUAUUUUUUCCCUCAAUGAUCAUUCUGUAUGCAAUUUGCAUCAAAAAGCUUCUUCCUGUCUGUGAGGAUUUUAACAUUAUUUGCAUAAGUCUCUCAGUCACUGUUGAAAUUGCUCAAACUGUGGAAUCCGUUAUCAAAUCUGUUUCUAAGGAGGUUUGCUUUCCAGCAAUGCCAAAUGUUACAUGAAGUAAUAUUUGUCUCUAUCUGUCUUAGUUUCUUUUCUUGUUGCUGAAACAAAAUACCGAGCACCCAAAAUUAAAGGAGGAAAGUUUUAUUUGGCUCACACUUUGUAGAGGUUAUAGCUCAUAGUCGGCUGGCUCCAAGGCAGGAUGGUAUGGGAGAGGGACAUUGCAGAGGAAAAAUAGUCUACAUCAAGCAGACAGGCAACAAGAGCACAUUAGCCCUCUCUUGUGUCCUUUAUAUUUCAUGCAGUUUACCUUCCCUAGGGCAGAUGUAGCACUCACAUCAUUUAUCUUAGCCAGAACUGUGCCAAACCAAUCGUUAAUAAUCACACAGCCUUGAUUCUAGUACCAUAGGUUGCAAAUUCAGUGGCUUGGAGCACCUCCCAUCAGUGUAUGUGGCUUUGAGGGGACAUCUAAACACCAGCCAUAACACUGUCUACUUAUAUGCUAAUUCUUAAUGAAAAAUGCACAAUUAUUUUUAAAAUAAUUCAUUCUAUUUGAUGAAUAGUGAGUUAUUAGAUAGAGUUAGAAUGUAAACAGAUGACAUCCUCAAUUAGACAGAAGCUGUAUUCUUCAAGAUACUUCCUUUGUCACAUGAUAAAACAUUUCUCCUGUCUGUAACAGCUUAGUUUUACUGCUUGACUUGAAUACUCAUUGUGUGGAUCUUCUUGAAACAUCAGCACAAACCAGUAAAUUGAAUGAUUCAUAUGACUUAGGUGGCAAAACUCAUGUUCACUCAGCAGCCCUUGUUACCUGAGCUGACAGUGGAUGUAGAGACACAAAGCAUCAACCAGGAAGCCCUCAGGAGGAUAUCACCCUCAUCGCUCAAACAUUUCUUAUCUAUCCCCAAUUAACUAACAAACAUUGGGAGUCUAUCACUGAAAGAAAAGAAAAAAAAAGGUGUCUCAUUGGGCUUAAAUUUUAGGAAAACUAGUAGGAUUAUUUUCAUUUACAUUUUUUUCCAAGUUGGGAAAAGAAUCAUUGAAAUUGUUAGUGUCGAUCGAUCACCUGGUAUUACACAAAACCUUUUAUCACUUUGAAAAUAUUAGGCCUUAAGAAAAGAAGCCAGUUAGUUCACUUAUGUACAUUGGCUGGUAUGAUUUACAGACAUCAUUGAGUUUACACUUGCCAUUGUUCAUCACCUCUGCAAAUCACAACGAUGCUUUGCAAACCUGGCAAGCAACUCAAACAUAAAAGUAUGAAGUGUAUUUCAGAUAUAACUUUUCUGUUUGAGUGUCAACAGCUCAUAGACAACAGAAAGCUAUAGCAUGUAUCAAAAUGCAAUCUAAUUUGAAGUUUUUAUUCUUAGACUAACGAAUUUAACUGGAAAGCUAAUUCACUAAGGAAAGAAAUAUUAAUUUUCUUUUAGUGAGGGAAUAUAAUUUUUAUUAGAGGGCUUGUGUCUUGUUGCUCUAUUACUAGUCACAAAAUACAACUAAAAACAAUGGGCCUGACCUGUAGAGAGAUCAAAGAAUACAGGUGAAGUCUGUAUGUGCUUAAAAUACACGCUAGAUGCCUUCCAACUGGGUGUUUCAGGAAGGAUACAACUGUUUGUAUGAAGGAAAGAAGGGAUGUUACUCUGUGUCGCCAUGGAAACCUAUUUGAAAGACAUCUUAACAGGCAGAAAAGUGUUUCCAUUGUUGUAUGCAAGGGAAAAGCUCUUGGUUACAGGAAAGAGACAAGAAUGAAGCAGAGUCCUACAGGUUCAACUCUCAUUCUCCAGGGAAGUGCAUCAGUGAUGCAGGUAGCUCCAAGGACAGCAGCUUUUGGGUGCAAAGAGCAUCAGGAAUUUACAGACCCAGGCAACAAGAAAGGGGACAUCCCAGGGACACUUCUGUGCACAGCUUAGCUCUGUAUGAACUGGAGACCUCCUCCCAGAACUCUAUCAACACCCUCUUUUUUUAAAAAAAAAAAAAAAAAAGAGAUAUCAACACCCUCAAGAUAAGAGCAAACAGUCAGGGAAAGAGAGUCUAGGGAGCGUUUGGAGAAAAUCCAAGAGAAAGUUGGUUCCAGCCAGUUGAGAAAGUAAUAGUAGAGAUAUCAAUGUUUAGGGAGCAUUACUUUAAUUUAUUUCUUUAUACUCUACUUGUUUAUAAGUUUAUUGUAUAACAUUUAUGUACAAUAAAUCACAUAUUUAAAGUGUAUGAUUGUAUGUUUUGAAUGAUGUGGAUCCUACAACACCACUCUCUCACUCAAGAUUUCAAAUACUUUUAGAACCUCCAAAGCAUCUUGCCCCCUAAACAUACUUCUUUCCUCCACUUCCUGCCCAUUCAUUCACUGGUAAGCUUUUAUGAAAGUGUGUAUAGUUCAUACAAUAUGAACUCUUUUGUACCUGACUUCUCUCAGGAAACAAAAACUACUUGAAAUUCAUUCAUGCUGUUUCCUGUGUAUUUAUUUUUAUUGCUGAGUAAUACAUUGUGUGAAUAUAUUGCAUUCUGAUGAUAUAUUGAUUCGUUAAUAGGUAUUUUGGGUCAUUUCUGAAAAUAAAACUUGCUAUAUAUAAAA